AUUAAUUUUUGUUAAUACCAGUGCCGGCAUAUCAGCUGAACAUAAAACUUUAGACAAUUUAAAUCAAUUAACUGGGUUAUGGUUAAGAGCCUAUGGAUCCGAUAGCAAUGAUUGCCAAUCAAUUGAAUUGCUAGCGACUAGUAAUCCUAAUAAAUUUGAUUUUAUUGAAUGGCAAUCAUAUAAAUGUGAAUCAAAUAAUUCACAACAAUCUGAUAAAAAUACUAGAAGACAGGCCACUCUGUUGGACAAUGGCAUUAUACUACUCAAACGUAUUGAUACAGGUGCUCACGAAACAGUAACUAUAGUGGGCACCGAUUUUAGCAGCUUUCUAAUUAUACGCCGAAGCUCAUCCGCUAUCGAUACUUAUAUUAGACAAUCACAGUAUAUGUUAGAUAAAAGUCCGUUUGAGUUGUGCGCCCGUAGUAGUAGUAGUGGUAGUGGUGGUAGUGGUAGUACAUCAAUGACUGACCGCACUUGUAUCAAAUUGACACUCAGCUCCAAUAGACAUCAAUGCAAUUAUCCGCCGCCAACCAAUUCCGGCCAAUCGGACGGUAUAUGUACUGUUGAUGGCUAUUCAAGUACUACUACUACUACUACUACUAUUACUACCACUGCUAGUGCCACCACCACUACUAGUGCCACCACCACUACUAGUGCCACCACCACUACUAGUGCUACUACUACUACAAUAUCGACAACAUCGGUAACAACACCUACAAUACAGACAACAGUAGCGAUAAAAACAAAAAAACCGCAAAAAGUUGAUAAAUUAUUGAAAUUAAGCGCUGAUCCUGAAGUUGCUGUUAAUGAAGUAACGCCCAGACCUACUAUUGGACCCAAUAGGAUGUGCCUGAAAGAUGUGCCCAAUGCUAUCAAAUUGGAUAAUCUACAACAGUUGAACGGUAAAUGGUAUCAAUUGUUUGCCACUUUCAAAAGUAACAAAAUGUGUGCCCAAACCAUAUUUAGCCCGACUAUCAACCAAACAGUGCUCAACUAUAUUGAUUUCAACGAUUGUGUCAAAACAAGUGUAGGUGCUCUAAGCCAAAUGCCCGGUAAUGACAGUCGACUUGCCCAAGCAAACGAUAGAUAUGUAGCCAGCAAUUGGAUAUUGAAUACCGGUGCCGAUACACUAAAAAACCAUUUUCUGGAAUACAGGUGCAUUACAGCUGGUCAGGGUAUACAAGAAAGCUAUCACAUAUAUUCACGAUCGUUGACAAUCCCUGUGCAGCACAUGUCUAGUAUCAAAGCUAUUGUCAAAAAUUUACCGCUUUUUAAGACAGUGCGCACUGAAUACUGUAUUUGCAAUAAUUUAAAUAAAGUUUAAUUUUUUUAAUUAAUUUAAUUUUUUAUAUUAUAAUAGUA